AAACCAAAAGGUUUUGUCAAUUUUAAGUGAUCUCUUAGUUUUAAAAGUGGGUUGAUUGUCCUGACUGAACAGAAAUAUGAAAUACAAUAUGAAGUGGAAAGAAUUGGGCCCAGCUUAUCUGGCAGGUAUUUGUGGGGCAGCAGGCAGUGUAUUAGGAAAGCUUUCUGGGAUGCCUUUUAUUGAAAACUUUAUGAUUUUGAGACUUCUUUGUGUGCUGCUGAUGAUCACAGUCAAUACUUACGUAUUGACACUUUUUAUGAGAGCACUUCAUCAGAGUGGUUCAACGUUGCUGGCUACUGUUGUCACGAAUGCAUCUAGUUUUUUGUCUUCCGCCAUUUUCGGUUAUUUAUUCUUUGAGGAAACCUCAUCUCUUCUAUGGUGGUUAGGACUCCUGUUCAUCAUAGGCGGGUUGCUGUUGAUUGUUCAAGACGAAAAGCCAGGAAAUAAAAAUAAUGAUAUGUAUAAAACAUUGGACAAGGAUAAACACGAUUGAAUAAAUAUUGAAUAGCA